CACCCACGCGGAUUGUACCUCUGGGCUCCAGAGAGAGAGCAGGGCUUGGAGCGCAUCAUGAUUUCACCAUUCUUGGUGCUGGCCAUUGGCACCUGCCUUACCACCUCCUUCGUGCCAGAGAAAGAGAAAAACCCCAAGUACUGGAGAGACCAAGCUCAGCAGACCCUGAAACAUGCCCUGAGCCUUCAGAAUCUCAAUACCAACGUGGCUAAGAAUACCAUCAUGUUCCUGGGAGAUGGGAUGGGCGUCUCCACGGUGACGGCCGCCCGCAUCCUCAAGGGCCAGCUGCACCACAACACCGGGGAGGAGACCAGGCUGGAGAUGGACAAGUUCCCGCACGUGGCCCUCUCCAAGACAUACAACACCAAUGCUCAGGUCCCCGACAGCGCGGGCACCGCCACUGCCUACUUGUGUGGGGUGAAGGCCAAUGAGGGCACCGUGGGGGUGAGCGCGGCCACCCAGCGCUCCCACUGCAACACCACUCAGGGGAACGAGGUCACCUCCAUCCUGCGCUGGGCCAAGGACGCCGGGAAAUCCGUGGGCAUCGUGACCACCACGCGAGUGAACCACGCCACCCCCAGCGCCUCCUACGCCCACUCCGCCGACCGGGACUGGUACUCGGACAACGAGAUGCCCCCAGAGGCCCUGAGCCAGGGCUGCAAGGACAUCGCCUACCAGCUCAUGCACAACAUCAGGGACAUCGAGGUGAUCAUGGGGGGCGGCCGGAAGUACAUGUUCCCCAAGAAUAGAACCGACGUGGAGUAUGAGCAAGACGAGAAGGCCAGGGGCACGAGGCUGGACGGCCUAAACCUCAUCGACAUCUGGAAGAGCUUCAAACCCAGACAGAAGCACUCUCACUACGUCUGGAACCGCACCGAACUCCUGGCCCUCAACCCCAACACCGUGGACUACCUCUUAGGCCUCUUUGAGCCGGGGGACAUGCAGUACGAGCUCAACAGGAACAACGUGACGGACCCUUCCCUCUCCGAGAUGGUGGAGGUGGCCAUCAAGAUCCUGAGCAAGAACCCCAAAGGCUUCUUCUUGCUGGUGGAAGGAGGCAGGAUUGACCAUGGGCACCACGAGGGCAAGGCCAAGCAGGCGCUGCACGAGGCAGUGGAGAUGGACCAGGCGAUCGGGCUGGCCGGCACCAUGACCUCCCUGGAUGACACACUGACCGUCGUCACUGCUGACCACUCCCACGUGUUCACCUUUGGCGGGUACACCCCCCGUGGCAACUCCAUCUUUGGUCUGGCCCCCAUGUUGAGCGACACGGACAAGAAGCCCUUUACUGCUAUCCUGUAUGGCAACGGGCCUGGCUACAAGGUGGUGGGCGGUGAGCGAGAGAAUGUCUCCAUGGUGGACUACGCUCACAACAACUACCAGGCGCAGUCCGCCGUGCCCCUGCGCCACGAGACCCACGGCGGGGAGGACGUGGCGGUCUUCGCCAAGGGCCCCAUGGCACACCUGCUGCACGGCGUCCACGAGCAGAACUACAUCCCCCACGUGAUGGCGUAUGCGGCCUGCAUCGGUGCCAACCGCGACCACUGUGCCUCAGCCAGCUCCUCAGGCAGCCCCUCCCCGGGCCCCCUGGUGCUCCUGCUGGCCCUGCUCCCCCUGGGCAUCCUGUUCUGAGGGCCCAGGGCCGGGGCACCCACUAGCCCAUGACAGAUGGCCAGCCUCCCUCUCCCAGCGUUGCACACCGCCUGCAGCCCACACCUCAAGGGGCAGGGAGGUGGGGCACCCACAGCCUCUGCAGCUGCAAGGAAGGGGACCCAGGAACCAAAGUCUGCUGCCCGCCUCGCUCCCUUCCGGUCCUUCUCUGGGCCCAGACCAGCGCCCAGCCUCCACC